GAAGAGCGUGUCUCCGUCGCGGAGGUUGAAAGUACCAUCAAAUGUCUUCGAAACAUGAAGGCCCCGGGCUUGGAUGGAAUCUUCAAUAUUUUCAUCAAAAAUCUGCAAAAUCGAGCAAUGACCCAGCUGUCUCUUACUCAACAUCUUCCAGCAAGCCUGGAAGCGCGCUAAAGUGAUCCCAAUCCAGAAACCCGAAAAGGAUCCAACACUUCUAUCCAGUGACCGAUCGACCGAUAAGCUUGCUAAGCGCGCUAAGUUCAACAAACUGUUAGAAAAAAAAAACAUAUGUCAAUUUGGUCAACGAUCUUCAAAUUAUUACGGCAGAACAGUUUGGAUAUUCGGUCCGGGCACUCAACAGCGCACCAGCUGAUUCGACUGCACAACAAGCGAGUUCCAACGCUGUUGUUAUGCUUGACGUGGGAAAAGCAUUUGAAAAUGUGUGGCCUGAUGGGCUUGUCCAUGAACUGUAUCAGUUCAAGCUCCCGUUAUUCUUGGUCAAGCUGAUCAAGAACUUCCUGCAGCAGCGCACCUUCCUUGUUGUCAUCGGCCCAUAUACUUUGGAAGUGCAGCAUGAUACGGCGGUCGUACCCCAGGGCAACGUUCUGGGUCCGUUUCUGCAUCUGCUGUUCACGGCGGACCUUCCUGCUUUUCCUAGAUAGGCUCCCAGUUUUUUUAAAUUGAUUUUUAUAGAGGAUUUAGUGGUGCCCAGUUGUUUUUGUUUGCAGACAACACGGCAAUCGCCACGAAAGGUAGAACACCAGCAGAACUCAGGCGCGGCGCUCAGCGUUUCUUUGGACAUACUACAGGGUUUAUGUUGGUGAAUGGAGAAUCCGCAUCAACAACGCGAAGACCCAAGCCAUGAUUGUCCCACAUUGGCUAAGGUGUCAGCUACUAAACCCGAAUGGCCACCAACUAACUGUGGGAGGAAGAACAAUCCAUUGCGGAUGCCCCUCGCUGGACCAGGUUAGAAGAGUUGUACGAUAAAACCAGUACACAUCCAAUAUAUGAAAUAACAGGACGCUUUAAAGAAAAAUGCGCAACAUCAGAUUUUCCCCUUCUAAGGGCACUUUCUUGAAUUGUUAGCACCUUUUUUCUUUCUCUCUUUCUUUUCUUUUGAUUUUCUUCUUCUUUUAUCUUCUGCUCUUGCUCUGAUAGUGUAAAGUAGAUAAGUAAGUUUAAUUUUAGUUUAGUUUAAUUUAGCGUAAUCAAAGGGCUCUAGGUCUAAUAUCGUUCUGUUUAAAAUCAAAAUCAAACCUGGUAAAAUCAUCGUUACGAAAUCGAGCGUUACGCAAAAUCUCGCAAAACAAAUGUAUUUAUGAAAUUAAAAGAAAAAUAGUAAAAACAGCAAACAUAUAUUCUGAUCUGCAUCUUUGUGGCAACCAUCAUACUCCACUCUCUCUCUCUCUCUCUCUCUCUCUCUCUAUACUGGUUGAACAAUCAAAAUAUAACCCAGCUGGCCUCGCUUGCACCUUCACAAAACCACGCUUGUCAUCAGUUCAGUUCCGUUUCCCGCCAAUAUGCUGUUGUCGUUGUCGUUACCGCAGCGCAGUCAAAAGUUGUUUAUGUUGUUUACACACCGUUGUCCGGGAAACGUGUCUCCGCCCCGGGGCCAAAACUUUAUUGAAGAGCUGGAAAGAAACUUUGUUCGGCUUUAUCGUGUUCCGUUGCUUUUUUGUCGCUUUUGAUUGUAGUUUACAACAUGGAGAGUAACUUUGUGUCGGUGUUUAAGCUGGAUGGCGUUCCCAUACUACCACCAUUGGUUAACGAUGAGGUGCGUGCUGCCGUGGCUAUUUACCGGCAGAAGGCAAUGGAAAUUGAAAACCGUCUGCAGGAGAAGAGAAGGGCCUCGGCCGUAAACAACUGUGUCGUUUCCCAGUCUGUCGAUGAAAACAACGGUGCGACCAAGGAUGUAGAAGCGGUAUCGACUCUAGACGCGAGUAACACUGCACACAGUCCAACAUCUGAAAGUACUGCCGAAGCACAAGCUUGUGAGAGUGUAGCAAUAACUCCUGUAGAAGUUGCAAACGAUGCUGGUCCAAUUGCAUCGCUUAAUGUUCUGGAACGUACGUCUGCUGUGAUUCCGCCAUCGCCGAAAUUGUUACCGGAUGAAGUUUGGCGCGGCCAAGAAGAAUUAGGAACCCUCGAAACAAAGGAAACGGAUGAGAAGGAUACAAGUAAUUGCAACUCACUGUCCACCCAAAGGUUGCAAUCUGAUCCAGAGCAACCGUCCUGGCAGUCGCCGACAAGAACAGUUACACCAACGUCCGAGGAAGCGUUGCCAUGGUUUCCUUUGGUACGAUCAAACACUUUCAACCUGGAGAAGCCCAGUGUAGAUUUGAUGAAUUUGCAACGAGUCGGUCAUUCCACGCCAAUUGAUCGUCCCCGGGUCAAUCCGGUCGUUCAGUCGACGGAUAGUCCCAAACAGCAUCAAAACCCGCCCGAUCAAAGCAAACCAAUCGAGGCAGCCCGUAAUGCAUUUGCAGACAGAGAAAAUACACCCGUAAAAUCCGCAAUCGGUGCAUCUGUAGUGCAGGGGGUUAAUCAAUCAAUCGGAGAGCAAAAGAAACCGGACACGGAUCCGGCAAAAUGCCGCCCGAAACGAAAAACGGCCUCACGCCGGAUUAGCCACUCGUCGGCUGGAUCCGGACGAGCCUCCGAGCGCGCAUUCGAGAGUGUUGCGCAAGCGCUUACCACGCACGAGCAGCGCAUGCUGGAGCUGUUGAAGCGGCAGGAGGAGGAACGGCUGAUGUUGGAGCAAAGUUUUCGCGAAAAAACGCAGGAACUGGUAGCACUGUGCGCGAAAACGCUCACGAUCGACGAAGGCAAUGGUAUGCUGGCAGGCAACGGCGAGAACCACUUGAGCAUGUCGGUUUCCGGGACCGUUCGCACCAAAACUCCGGACCUUCAUACGGCCUCGAGCGUAAGCCAACUGUCGCUGUGCGAUGUGUCUUACGAUUCGUGUACCGAUACGGACGACGCCGCCUACCAAACAUGCCAGGCAAACGGAACUUCGGAGGAGAAUGUUGAUAACAACAGUGAGCUUACGUUGACCGGGAAUCAAUCGUUCACCAACGAUGCUGGAAGGACAAUCCGUUCAUCCGUUCGCCGUACAGCAAACCGCACUCCGGACCGCAAUGGAAACGAAGAGUUUAGUCUUCUGCCACAGCGAAUGUUGGAGCUGCAGCAGCACAGGGCGGCUACCAUUAUCAAUGCUUACGCUCGGGGCUAUCUAACGAGACGUCUGUUCAAAACGGACGAAGUGCAAAGCAUCAAACGCACGAUCGCCGAUAUUGUGUGCUUCAUCAUCAGCUUACAGUCGGAGGGUACGGGGCGGAGCAGGGACACGAACCUGGCUACUGCAGCCCUUCGUCGCGAUGCCGGCAAGCACAUUGCUUCCUGUCUGGACCGGUUGCACGACAUAUUCGUAAACUUUACCACGCCAGAACGUCUGCAGAUGAUCCGGCGUGAUCGCAGUUUAUAGCGCAAACCCACACUGCCAACGCAUCGCCAGCUGCAGAGUUCCUAAGCCAUGUUUUGCACUCUUUUUGGGAGAACAUAUUUACCCCUUUACCCGCUGAUCACCGCAGCACCGAAAUAAAUCAAACACGUUUCGAUCAUUUCCGA